AUGAUCUUGGCCAACAGAAGGUGCUUGCCAGAGCUCAAAUUACCAAUGCUUUCCGGGGGCUAUACCGAAUAUUCGGAUUUCAUAGCAAUGUUUGAGUCAGUCGUCGACAAGGAUACCGAGCUGUCAAAUAUUGAAAAGUUGCAGCAUCUCCGCUCAUGUUUGUCUGGCCCCGCGUUGGAUUCGGUUCGAUCGUUGGAGUUUUGCGGUGCCAAUUAUCGUGUGGCUCUGGAUAUUAGAUUUAGUAACAAACGUCUGGUUUUCCAGGCACACAUCAAUGAGAUUCUUGGGCUCAAGAGGGUAGAUUCGAAGUCGGCUUCAAAACUGCGUGAGUUCUCGGACAAAGUCAAUUCGCAUAUGCGGGCAUUGCAGACCUUGGGCAGUUUGGAGCAAAUUUCAGGAUGCAUAAUAGUGCACACGCUGCUUCAAAAGUUGGACACUCAGACUCAGACCAAAUGGGAGGAGUCCGCAGGCAUUGACAAAAUCCCGACAGCCGAUGAGUUCUUCACAUUUCUGGAAAGGCGUAGUCAAAGUCUGGAGAGC